AUGCUUCCGACAGCGACCUUUAUUGCCCUUGUGGCAACAACAUGUGCUUUGCCAGCCUAUGUUAACCGCGAUGACAUCUCUGAAAUUGAGAUGUCCCUUCCUGCAGUGAACCUGGACUUCCUGCGAUAUAUCAGCGACAAACUCAACAGCUUCUUUGGACCAAGCGAUUAUACUACUACUGAUCCAAGAGGUCUUAAUUUCGCACAGUUUGUUGCCACCGACAAGUGCAGCGGUCAGGCAGCUUGGCGAUGUUUCACUGAAAUCGACACGAACAACGAUGGGUUUGUAUCGCCAGCUGAAUUGGCGGAAUAUGACAAAUCGUCAAUGACCAGAGUGCAGCACAUGUAUGACGACUACCUAGAAACGAGUUUUACGGAGGCUGACAACGACAAUGACGAUUACGUUUCCUACGAUGAGGGCGUGGACUAUGCAGAAAACGUUUUGAAGGUGAAGGCUGACGAAAAUUGGCGACGACUUUUCACUGAGAGAGAUAUGGAUGGUGACGGACGAUUAGACAAGGAAGGUGAGCAUAACGCGCAGUGGGUGAACUAG